UGGGUUUGAAAAAGUUUGAAACUUUGAAUAUUUAAAUCACUCUGUUCUUCAUCUUAGAUAAGCUUAAUCAAGAUUAAUUAAUUGAAUUAGGGUUUUGUUUCUCCUUUUUUUGUUGCAGACUCACAUGGCAUGUGACCAACAGCUGUGCCCACUCUCUCUGCUUCAUAAAUACCCUUCUUCCCUUCCUUCCUCAGACUUUUGAUCCCAUCUCCCUCUCUCUCUGGAAAACCCAGAGCUACUGAGCUCUGCUUCUCCCUCUCUAAUGGCGGACUUCGAACCCUAACACAGUUUUCCGCUUCCUUUUUGCUUAUUACCCCAAAACAAUGAUACCCUUUUCCUCAUCUUCUUCAAUAUCCUUUCUGUUCUUCUUUUUCUUCCUUUUUUACCUCUCUGUUUUCUCUGUUUCUUCUUCUCAUACAGACGCCCAGCAGCUGAUUUCAUUGAAAUCUUCACUUCCCAAUCCAAACCUCCUUCAAAACUGGCUUUCCAACGGCGACCCAUGUUCGUUUUCCGGCGUUUCCUGCAAGGAAACCAGAGUUUCCGCCAUAGAUUUGAGCUUCGUGUCGUUGAGCUCUAAUUUCAGCCAUGUUUUCCCUUUGCUUGCGGCUCUCGACCAUUUGGAAUCGCUUUCUCUGAAAUCCACGAACCUUACUGGCUCCAUUUCCCUGCCCGCUGGAUUCAAAUGUAGCCCUCUUCUUUCUUCUCUUGAUCUGUCACUCAAUGGCUUGUUCGGCUCUGUUUCUGAUGCCUCUUAUUUGGGGCUUUGUUCCAAUAUCAAGUCGCUUAAUCUGUCAUUUAACGCUUUUGAUUUUCCCCCAAAAGACUCUGCCGCCGGAUUGAAGCGGGAUUUGCAAGUUCUUGAUCUUUCUUCCAAUCGGAUUGUUGGGUCGAAAUUAGUUCCAUGGGUUCUCUCUACUGGGUGUAGUAAUUUGCAGUUCUUGGCAUUGAAGGGCAACAAAAUCAGCGGCGAAAUUAAUCUCUCAUCCUGUAAUAAACUCCAGCAUUUGGAUAUCUCCGGCAACAAUUUCUCUGCGGGUAUUCCGUCGUUAGGCGAUUGCUCUGUUUUGGAGUAUCUUGAUAUAUCCGGCAAUAAGUUCACCGGCGACGUCGGAAAUACUCUGUCUUCUUGUUUGCAACUGAGAUUUCUGAAUCUCUCGAGCAACCAGUUUCAGGGAUCAAUCCCUUCAUUUUCAUCGCCGAAUUUGUGGUUUCUUUCGCUUGCUAACAACGAUUUUCAGGGGGAGAUUCCGGUGAGUAUUGCUGAUUCUUGUUCUAGUUUGGUUCAUUUGGAUCUUUCUGAAAAUAGAUUGAUUGGGGGUAUACCUUCUGGUUUGGGGUUUUGUUCUUUGUUGGAAUCUUUGGACAUUUCUAAAAAUAACCUCUCUGGUGAGCUCCCCAUUGAUGUUUUUGCCAAAAUGAGUAGUUUGAAGAGACUGUCCAUGUCGGAUAACAAGUUUUUCGGGGUUUUGUCGGAUUCUCUGUCUCAGCUCACCACUUUGAAUUCCUUGGAUCUGAGUUCUAAUAACUUCUCUGGCUCGAUUCCUGUCGGGCUCUGUGAAGAUCCUAAGAACAGCUUGAAAGAAUUGUUUCUUCAGAACAAUUGGUUGACUGGUCGGAUCCCUGCAAGUAUUAGCAACUGUUCUCAGCUGGUUUCGCUUGAUUUGAGCUUCAACUUUCUGAGUGGGACUAUCCCUUCAAGCUUGGGAUCACUAUCUAAGCUGAAGAACUUGAUCAUGUGGUUGAAUCAGCUGGAGGGGGAGAUUCCAUCGGAUUUUAAGAACUUUCAGGGGCUUGAGAAUCUGAUCCUGGAUUUCAAUGAGCUCACCGGGACGAUUCCUUCUGGGCUAAGCAAUUGCACAAACUUGAACUGGAUUUCGUUGUCGAACAACCGGUUGAGCGGAGAGAUACCGAGGUGGAUUGGGCAGCUGCCAAGCCUGGCCAUACUUAAGCUGAGUAACAACUCAUUCCAUGGAAGGAUUCCUCGGGAGCUGGGUGAUUGUCGGAGCUUGAUCUGGCUUGAUCUGAAUACGAAUUUGUUGAACGGAACGAUUCCACCGGAGCUGUUUCGACAAUCGGGUAACAUUGCUGUAAACUUUAUCACUGGGAAGUCUUAUGCUUACAUUAAGAAUGAUGGUAGCAAGCAGUGCCAUGGAGCUGGAAAUUUGGUGGAGUUUGCUGGGAUAAGACAGGAACAAGUGAACAGGAUAUCAAGUAAGAGUCCCUGCAAUUUCACCAGGGUUUAUAAAGGAAUGACUCAACCGACUUUUAACCAUAACGGGUCGAUGAUCUUCCUCGAUCUUUCGCAUAAUAUGUUGUCUGGUAGUAUUCCAAAGGAGAUUGGUUCUACAAAAUAUCUGUACAUAUUGGAUUUGGGGCACAACAGGGUGUCGGGAGGCAUUCCGCAGGAGCUGGGCGACUUGACGAAGCUCAACAUUCUUGAUCUGUCAAGCAAUGAGCUUGAAGGAUCAAUACCAUUAUCCUUGACUGGGCUUUCCUCCCUCAUGGAGAUUGAUCUGUCAAACAAUCAUCUCAAUGGUUCGAUACCCGAAUCAGCUCAGUUCGAAACGUUCCCGGCAUCUGGUUUUGCAAAUAAUUCUGGCCUCUGUGGGUAUCCUCUGCCUCAAUGCAGGGUUGAUUCAGCAGCAAAUGCAAACUCUCAGCAUCAAAGAUCUCACAGGAAACAGGCAUCGCUUGCAGGGAGCGUCGCAAUGGGGCUACUAUUCUCCCUCUUCUGUAUAUUCGGUCUGAUCAUAGUCGUUAUCGAGAUGAAGAAGAGAAGGAAAAACAAGGAUUCUGCUCUUGAUUCUUAUAUUGACACUCAUUCCCAUUCAGGCACCACAACCACCGUUAACUGGAAGAACACCUGUGUUCGUGAAGCAUUGAGCAUCAAUCUUGCAACAUUCGAGAAGCCUCUUCGGAAGCUUACGUUUGCAGAUCUUCUCGACGCCACCAAUGGCUUCCACGACAAUACGCUUAUUGGUUCGGGGGGUUUCGGUGACGUAUAUAAGGCCCAAUUGAAGGAUGGAAGCAUUGUAGCCAUCAAGAAGCUCAUUCAUGUCAGUGGACAGGGUGAUAGGGAGUUCACUGCAGAAAUGGAAACCAUUGGCAAAAUCAAACACCGAAACCUCGUUCCUCUUCUCGGCUACUGCAAAGUCGGAGAUGAACGCCUGCUUGUGUACGACUACAUGAAAUAUGGAAGCUUGGAAGACGUUUUACACGAUCAUAACAAGGCUGGAAUCAAACUCAAUUGGGCUGCUAGAAGAAAGAUUGCCAUUGGAGCUGCUAGGGGCCUGGCUUUCCUUCACCACAAUUGCAUCCCUCACAUCAUCCACAGGGACAUGAAAUCCAGCAAUGUCUUAUUGGAUGAGAACUUGGAAGCCAGAGUCUCUGAUUUUGGUAUGGCUCGACUCAUGAGUGCUAUGGACACCCAUUUGAGUGUCAGCACAUUAGCCGGUACCCCCGGUUACGUCCCUCCCGAAUAUUACCAAAGCUUCCGCUGUUCGACCAAAGGCGAUGUGUAUAGCUACGGUGUCGUUAUGCUUGAGCUUUUGACAGGAAAACGACCCACAGAUUCUGCCGAUUUUGGGGACAACAACCUCGUCGGAUGGGUUAAACAACACGCCAAGUUGGACCUAACCAAUGUCUUCGAUCCCGAGCUCUUGAAGGAAGAUCCCAACCUUAAGAUAGAGCUUUUAGAACACUUGAAAGUAGCUGUUGCUUGCUUAGAUGAUAGGUCCUGGCGGCGUCCAACCAUGAUCCAAGUGAUGACGUUGUUCAAGGAAAUCCAAGCUGGGUCGGGGAUGGAUUCGCAAUCUACCAUCGGAUCCGACAACGGUGGAUUCAGCAUCGACAUGGUAGACAUGAGCUUAAAGGAAGUACCAGAAGGCAAGUACUAGAAAAUGAAAAAAGGUUCAAAAGAAUAUAUGAAAGUGGAGAUAAUGAAGAGAUUUGCAGCUCCAAAUUUUAAAGAACUUCAUGUUUAUCAAUGGAAUGCAGCUGCUUCUUCUGCAUCUCUACCAAUUGAUUGUAUGUAAUCUUCGUUGUUUUAUACAUAAAAGUCCUAAACUUUUCAAAAAAAUGUGUAUAUAAACAGUUUCUUUCACUUA